AAAAUCCAGUAGAAAUAAAUUUCAUAAUCAUGCUGUAUAUUGUCAUCCCAUUGGAACUUAUUCUUUCCCCUCCCAGAAUUAUUUCAAUUAUUUAUUAUAUUGCCUUCCAAUUUGGAUUUAAAGUUUACCAAAAGUAGAAAAGAAAUUACGUAAUACGAUUUCUAAAAAUAAAAGGGCAAUGUACUAGUGAGCCCCAGGUCUACUGGUUUAGGGCUAUAGGCCACCACUGUAGGCAUAUGAUAAAAAUGGCAAUUUAAUAAAAAGGUAAAAAAUAAAAGGCUUUCUCAAAUUUUUUUUUUUUUUUAACACAUGGCUUUCUGAAAUAUAUUAAUCAUAAACAAUAAAUAAUUUCUUUCUCUCCCAUCAUUCAUCAUAAAUCUAGGGCUUCUAGGAAGUUCCCAGCAAUCUGUAUCACCUCUCCCCAAGAUUCUCUUCUCUUCUUCUCUUUCUUUUUUUUUGCUUUAAUCACUCUUUCCACCCACAUACACAUAUAGACACAUCAAGCCAAGCGCAUACACAUACAAAGAGGAUUAAAUAAGAAAGUAAAGGAUGGUGAGGGGAAAGACGGAGAUGAAGAGAAUAGAGAACGCAACUAGCAGGCAAGUGACCUUCUCCAAGAGAAGAAAUGGACUUUUGAAGAAAGCUUUUGAGUUAUCGGUCCUAUGUGAUGCUGAAGUUGCUUUGAUCAUCUUCUCACCAACAUCCAAACUCUAUGAGUUCUCUAGCUCUAGUAUUUCAAAAACAAUAGAACGAUACCAGAGACGAGUCACAGAAAUUGGAAUUAACCAUAAGAGAGAUGCAGAUUCUCAGCAAGCGAGAGGCGAAACAUAUGGCUUGACAAAAAAGAUUGAGCAACUUGAGAUAACUAAACGAAAAAUGCUCGGAGAAGGUAUUGAUGUAUGUUCUAUUGAAGAGCUGCACCAGUUAGAGAAUCAGUUGGAGCGAGGCUUGACCAGGAUAAGAGCCAAGAAGUACCAAUUACUCCGUGAAGAAAUUGAUAAGCUGAAGGAAGAGGAGAGGAAUCUCAUUAAGGAAAACAAAGAACUGAAUGAGAAGUUGAGUGGAAUGGGAGCAAUAGUAGUAGCAUCAUCAUCAUCAACCUUAACAUCAUCAGAAGUGAACACGGAUGGCAAUGACAAUAUGGAAGUGGAGACUGGUUUGUUCAUUGGGCCUCCUGAGCCGAGACAAUCCAAGAAAAUCUAUCCUCAAAGUUAAUCUCACAGCUUCAAAAAGAAUGCUCUUUACGAACUUUUUUGUUUUUAUAUUUUCGUCCAAAAUAUCAGAGAUGUCAAUAAAUUGUAAACAUAGUGUGGUAAUUUGUUCUUAACCAGGGACAUCUCUAAGCUUAGGCUUCUUCGUUUCUUGAGUGUUUUGGAAGAAAAUUCGAAAUAAAAGAUGAUGUUUAUUGCA